UCCGUAGCCAUUUUGGCUCAAGCCAUUUUGGCUCAAAGCCUGCCUGGGCGCGUGGCAGGAGGAGCGCGCCGUGCCUCUCCCUGUAGAGCCCUGUCACCUCGGCAGGCACAGAGAGCGGCUCAGUCUCUUUCCCCCUGCGCGCGCGGAUCAUGGCUACGGGGGGCGGCCGCACCAGCAGCUGGCUGCCCGGACCACUCCGUACCGACGAGGCGGCCGCCGCAGGGCCGUCUGCGGCUCGGCGCGCGGCCCGAGCGCGUGCCCGUCUGGCCUGCGAGGCGGCCCUCCGCAGGGCCCUCGGCAGCAAGGACCACGCGCCGGGGUCCUGGCGGGACCGCGAGGUCGCCUCGCGACCAGCGCUCCAGGCCCUUGCAUCUCGCAGAAGGGUGCCAGGCGCCGCGCGUCGGAGGCGCAACGCGGCAUGGCACGCCGCAGACGCCCCGGUGGGAGGCUUCACGCUUGCCAAGGCGGCGGCGGGCCCCCGCCUCGGACGGCCGAGCCUCCCUGGGGCCAAUUACAAGUACAUCGUCGUGGAGGUACCACAGGGCUGCUGGACCGCCUCGCCGCUGACACCUCUGAGUGGAGCCGCCGCAGAGGCCGCCCAUCACGGCGCGCGGAGCGUGCCUGGCGUCGCCUACCCGACGGACGCCAACCUCUCCCAGGUGGCGGAUCGGGCGCUCCGCGCGGCCGUCGCGCGCCGGAGCCGGGAAUACGAGGACGACGGCUACGACGGCUACAACCACGGCGACCCCGACGGCUACGACGGCUACGACCACGACAGCUACGACCACGGGGACCCAGUCCAGUCCGAGGGUGCGGAGGAGUCGCCCUUCGUGGAGGCGUUCGGGAUGACGGAGGACGGCUACCACGACAACGGCGGCUACGAUUGCACCGACGAGCGCGGCUACGUCGGCAACAGCGACCUCCGCUCCUACGACGGCUGGCGGCCGAGCCUCCGCCCCCCGCCCAGCAAGGAGGAGGUGGAGGACGAAAUGCGGAGAGCACGAGCGCCCACUGAGAAGAUAGAGUACGAUUCCGACGCGGACCCAGAGGACCACGAGAGCUACGACGGCUGCGACUACGGCGGCUACGACGGCUACGACAGCGAGACCCACCAGGCGCUGCACCGCACGAGCAGGGAGCUUGAUGGGGAGAGCGCGGUCGACAGCUUCGUCAUACCAAGUACCCGCAGUGGAUCGGCCUCACGGCGGGAUUGGCCCCCCCAAAAGGGCCCCCCGAGUUACGACGGCUACGACUACGGCGAACACGACGGCUACGACAGCAAGGCCCACCUUGCGCUGCACGGCACGAACAGGGAGCUUUGUGCGGAGAGCGCGCUCGACAGCGUCGCCAUACCAAGUACCAGCAGUGGAUCAGCCUCACGGUGGGAUUGGGCCCCCCAAAACGCCCCCCCGCCGUUCGAGACCAACGAGACGAGCGAGCAGAAGGCGCUGCACGGGCACGAACAGGGAGCUGGACAGGGAGCUGGACGGGGAGCUGGACUGGAGGAGAGCAAGCGGAGCAGCGGCGACGACCCCCCAGAGCCCCACAAGAAGGUGCGCUUCUGCUUGCACGAGGAUGUGGAUGGCCACUUCGAGGCGGAGAGGCGCCCGGGAUCGUGAAGAACUCGUUCGGCGCCCCCCUGGAGGUGAUCAUCCGGCCAGGCCGUGCGCCGUGCUGCCUGACGCCCGCGGGUGCGGGCGCGCGCGGCGCCCGGGCCCUGUCGGGCCUCCCUCUUUUUGGGAAAACCCGGCCCCUCUCCCCUCUUCCGAGGUAUUUGGUCCCUGGUCCUCUCUCUUCCUCGGGGUCGGGUUCCCGGGGCCGUCGUCUGAGUGCCCGCACGGCCCUCGUGGGCUGCUGCGGCGCGCUCCGCGCCCCGGGCGCAUGAGAAGACGCUGGCUGAGCGAGAAACGUAGAA